UUCAAAUGUCAAUUUCUGGCUGCGUUUUAUGAAAUUCAGUGUUUACGUAAAAAUGAAAUUAAAAAAUGAAUUAAGUUAAUCAUUGAAUAUAUUUAUUAGUAGUUUGUCUAAAUGCAAAGAUUUGGCCUUCAUUUAAAUGUUAUUAUUCCUUGUGUAAAAAGCUUGCUACGGUAUGGAAGAUAAGUGAAAGUUUUACAGUUCGAUCGUUGCUAGAAUAUUUAAGGAUAAAAUGGGCAAAACGAGCAAAGUUGUAGUUUGUGGUAUGAAAGGGGUCGGUAAAACUGCUAUCCUAGAGCAGCUUAUAUACGGUAAUGUGAAUCUCAAAUCAUGUUUCUAUCCAACAAUAGAAGAUAUUUACGUAGCCAAUAUUGAGACCGACAGAGGUUCUAAGGAACGAGUAUGUUUCUAUGACACCGCGGGGCUAGAGCCGCCGCUAACAGGCGAGUUAAAAGGUCCCCCACAAUCUCCUACAAUGCAGUUGACCUCCAAUCAAGUACUGCAGAGGCACUAUCUUGGCUUCGCUGAAGGCUUUGUGAUGGUGUAUGAUACAACACGGCCUGAAUCACUUGAUGUUCUUAUGUACCUAAAGAAAGAUAUUGAUAGAAAUAAGGAUAAGAAAGAGGUGGUGAUGAUAGUUAUCGGUAACAGAACUGGUCCAGACGAUGUGAACAGCCUGGAGAAUACAUGUUCUAAAGCUUCCAAUUGGUGUGCCCGUGAGAAGAUACGGCAUUUUGAAGUGACCGCUAUGGACCGUCCGUCACUGUACGAACCGUUUAUAUUUAUGACAACUCGUUUGAAUCCCGUUCAAAAUAAAACUGCCUUCCCACAACUCAGCACAUUAAGCAAACUGACACAGAAGAAUAACAAAAGUGAAGCUAUGUAACGGUAUGUUUUUAAUCUAUGCCCUUUCUGCUAUCAACCAUAGAGUAUCUGUCAUAGAGUUGCAAAAAUUUUGACGCGUGAUUUUUUUGUUUUUAAUCAAUCCAAAAUAAAACUUUCUUGUGUUUACAGCCUAUCUGUAGAGCCAUAAAUAUAGAUUAUAUAACGACAUCUACAGAUUCUUCGUUCAUACACUUUUUUGCACACAUGAGUUUAUAUUCCUCUCCGAUAUCAAGCACUUUCGAUCCUUGUUACCUUGGCAGUGUUUUACCCCGAGGUAUCCUGUAAAUUAUUUCCUGGUUUUGUAUUGCUUAAAUUUUUGCAAUUCUGACAGUGUCUUGAUUCUGCAAAUCAUAUUCCUCAAGUAGACCAUCGAUGUCAUGUUAUUGUCAUAAAGGGAGAAAUUGAUGCAUACUUUUACUACGAGAUUAUUUCUUUUCCAUAAUACAGUAUAAUCUCACUAAUCCGGCACUUCGAUAGAUUGGCACGUCCAAUAAUCCGGCACCUUACCCCCAAGACUCCUUCACCCCUCAAUACUUGUACGCUUGGGUGCUGAUUCCUCAACUAGCAGUCUAAUUUCAAGACUUAUUUUUUCAAGAGAGAAUAGUUUAUAGUUAAAAAUUACAAAUAAACGCAAACACAAAACACUAUAUUUGAAUAAUAAAAUUUACAUUACCUAGACUUUUUCACUAUAAUCCAGUAAUCCGAACAUUCUGCCGGAUUAAUGAGAUUAUACAGUAAUUACUUCCGAAAAAUCUAUAUUACCAGAGUGGCUUCCACAACUCUUCGUCAGUGUAAAUUUCCUAACGUUUGAAUACUUGGUAGCCCUAGUACGUUCUGUUUCUCUUAAAAUAAUUUAAACAUAUCUCUAUAAUAUUACACAUAAGCAAAUCAAGUAAGACAAUCUUUUUAAAGUUAGUUUUAAGUUAUUCUUAAAAUUUAUUUGACUUCCAUACAUGCAUUUAUUUACUAUUAUUUUGUACAAAAUUCAUCUUAUAUUUUAUUUCUUUUUAUUUAAAUUUCGAAUAUACUAAAUGUAUUCCAUUGAAUCUCAGUAUAUAGAUAAAUAGAAUCUUAGCCAUAGACUAGACAUCAAU